AAUGACACAAUGAAAAUUCGAUUUUAUGCGCAGCGUGAAUCAGAUCUGCAUUGCAUUGGUCCAGGAAACGGUACUCUGAAAAUUUUGGCUCAUAAUUCGACGAUCGCAGUGAAAGUCUUUUACCAAUACGAAGCACUGCCGGGUUUGCAAAUCAGGACCAUUGAAUGGCACAAUCAAGUACUGUACGUUGAUAAUCAGCGUCUUUUGCUCUACUGGUGUUUCAAACGAGCGAAAAAUGGUUCCUGCGUGCAGCACGACGCCGAUAUUCUUGUGCGAUCGCGACAUCUCGCUUACCACGAUAUGGCUUUGCUGAAGCCCUACCUAAAGAUGGCCUGUGCAGAGCAACAACAUCUCCGAUGGUUCGACCUUCACUGUACGAGACCGUGCAUUUACUCAGUCUUCUGA